ACGGAAUUCUUGAGAUCGCCUUGCUGCCAGUAGUUAUUAUUUGGUAGCGGAUUAGGGUUUGCUGGGCUGGCACUGGAGUCAUUUGCAAUGGUAUUAGGUACUGCUGGCUGUGGCAUAAGAACGUUCAAGCAUGGAUGUCAGCAUCAUUUUGCCCAUCCACAAUGCUGAGAAGUGGCUCUCUGCAUGCCUCCAGUCAGUGCUCAGCCAAGACCAUAGCCUGAGAGCUGAACUCUCAGCAUAUCUUGAUGGCUGCACAGACCAGUCUGAAGCCAUCCUGGAGCAGUUCAGGGCCUCCCUGACAGACAAGGGCUAUGCCUUGGUGGUCUCUAGUGGCACACCAGCAAUGGGAGUGGGUUAUGCAAAAAACCAGGCUGUUGCUCAAAGCUCUGGGAAUUUUUUGUGCUUUCUUGACUCUGAUGACGUCAUGCGGCCGUGCCGGCUACGCUGUCAGCACCUGGCGGCGCUCCGCAGUCCGGAUGCGAUCAUCGGCGGCCGGUUCGUUCGUGAUCCGGCCGGCUCCACGGAGCGCUACACCCGCUGGGCCAACGCGCUCGACCGCCGUCAGCUGACGCAGCAGGUGGUGACGUCACACGGCCCUACGGUCAUCAUGCCCACGUGGUACUGCAGCCGCGCGGUGUACGACCGCGUUGGCGGGUUCGACGAGUCUGGCCGCGGCACGCCCGAGGACUUGAUCUUCUUCUACCGACACCUAGAUGGCGGUGGUGGUGUGGCGCGGGUCGACGAGGAGGUUCUCGUGUAUCGUUAUCACCCAGACGCCGCCACCUUCUCCAUACAUGAGGACACCAUAUGGCAGCUGCGCGUGGAGCGCCUCUGCCGCCACUGGCUACUCUCCUGGCCCGCCUUCACCAUCUGGAACGGCGGGAAGCAAGGCCGAAAGCUGUACCGCAGUCUGCCGGCCGAGUACAGGGACAAGGUUGCGGCCUUCUGUGACGUAGAUGAGCGGAAGAUCAAGCAAGGCGUUUAUGUUUACGAGAACAGCGAUCUCACCCCGAAGCCUCGUGUGCCCAUCCUGCACUUUAGCAAGGCUCAGAAGCCCUUCGUGAUCUGUGUCAAAAUGGACCUUACGGGCGGUCAGUUUGAGGCGAACCUGGGCAGCCUCAGGCUGGAGGAGGGCAAGGACUACGUGAUGUUUAGCUGACCGAUUGACUGGACGUGUGACGAGGUCUUGUGGCCAUGCCCCCGGCCGCUUGGGUCAAAGUGCCCAGAUCUUCACGGGCGGCCAAUGACGUCAUGUGAUAGCUCUCGACACUCCCGUUGUGAUUUGUCGUCGUAAUACAACAAGCCCGCCUCAACUGUGUUCGGCCCUUGGAAUCAGCUAACUACAGGAUGAUCACCCUUUCAAGGAAGUAUAUAGAUCGACGGCGGUGCGUUGCUUGAAUCCGUGUCAGAUGGUGCCUACGCACGUGUUGCCGCUGUGUGUGACUGCAUUAUGCAACAAGGGGGUGAGGCGCAUUCGUGUUCGUAGUCGUGAUCCAUCCACCGGUACGCCAAUGCUGUUGCUCGCCCUGUACUUUGGAGGCCGUUGGUGGCGGGUCUUGGGCGAGCUGACGCCGGCUAGUGUGGCGGAAUGCUAAUGACGCAUGCGGGUGUCCCACCCACUUCAACGGCUUCCGUCAGUCACGACCGUCGUCGUUAGAGUUCAGUAGCACAAGCGAAUAAA